UCUUUUUAACUGUUCUCCUUUCCUUCGAGCUGCAAAUAUUCCUAGCUGUUUCUCGAAGUGUUCGAAACUUUACUCUUUUCAGUUACAUUUUUCUUUCAGUUUGUCAUCAUAAAUUUUUCCCAGCCUUCGCAAUUUAAUACUAUCUGUUGGUAUAAUUUAAUCCGAGUUCAAUCAGCCGAUUUGAGUUAGGACUUCAAAGAUAGGUAAUGGCAAACGAGUGGCCACGGGAACCCUUGCUCCCGGGGUUACUAAAUCCUCCUAAGCAGCCAAAAAAGGAGAGCAUGGUGAAGAGGAAAAAAUUCUUUCGUAGUAGAAGUGCCCCAUCGGUAGACCGUUCGUUGGUACCUAUGGAUGUAGUUCAUGACAAAUUUCCUGGUCCACAGUUAAUAUCGGGUUUUUUUUGCCCGAGUUUUAAGAAAGUUGCUCUUUUCUUGGUCAUCUACCUUGGCGCAGGUGUUCUUUGCUUUUAUCUUGUGAAGGAUCAACUUUCCGGGAAGAAAACAAAUGGAGUGCUUGAUGCAAUUUACUUCACCAUUGUGACAAUGACCACAGUUGGUUAUGGUGAUCUGGUUCCAAACAGCACUGCUACUAAACUUCUGGCCUGUGCAUUUGUGUUCACAGGCAUGGCGUUAGUCGGUAUGUUGUUGAGCAGAGCUGCUGACUAUCUUGUCGAAAAGCAAGAAGUUCUUCUAUACAAGGCCUUGCAUAUUCGUGAAAAGGAUGGUGAAGCACACAUGAUGCAACACAUCGAAACAAACAAAGCGAAGUAUAAAUUCUAUACCGCGGCAAUGUUUCUCGUGCAAAUGGUCUUAAUUGGCACGGUGUUUCUGUGGAAAGUUGAGAACCUAAAUCUUGUUGAUGCCUUCUACUGUGUUUGCGCUACGAUCACGACACUAGGAUAUGGAGACAAGAGCUUCUCUACUGAAGAAGGUCGAGUUUUUGCGAUUUUUUGGAUCGUGGCUAGUACUAUAUGUAUGGCUCAGUUCUUUCUGUAUCUUGCCGAGAUAUAUUCUGAGCAGCGCCAGAGAAGGCUAGCAAAAUGGGUCCUAACCAGGAGAAUGACAUAUGUGGAUCUUGAAGCAGCAGAUUUAGAUGAAGAUGGAGCUGUGGGUGCGGCGGAGUUCAUAAUUUAUAAGCUGAAGGAGAUGGGGAAGAUCAGUGAGCAGGAUAUCGCAAUCGUGAUGGAAGAAUUUGAGGAUCUAGACGUCGACCACUCGGGUAAAUUAACAACAAGUGAUCUUGAUGUUGCACAAUGUGAUCGAUAGAGAAGCCCGUCGGGUAACACCACAAUGAUGGCCAUGUUGCCUCUUUGAAUUUUGUUUGAUAUAUGGCUUCACAAAUGAUGCAGAGAUCUACUUUAUCAAUUUGGCCUUGAGCUCAUGUGGAAAUGGCAUCCUUGUGGGUUGAAUAAUCUGAACUUGCUUUGACUAAAUUAACUUGUUGAAUUUGUCCGACUAA